GUGAGCGUGGUCGCGGCGCCUGGUGGCGCCAGCAUUGUGCCGCCGCUGCCUCGGCCGGCUCGCGCGGGGACGGCUCUCGCCGCCGCCGCAGGCGUGGGCGCGCUGGCCCCCAGCCUGCCGCCAGGGGCAGCCGCGCUGGCGGCGGGGCUGCCGAGCCCCGCGGGCAAGGGCGGCCUGAAGGGCGGCGGCAGGGGCGCGGGCGGCAAGGCGGCGCUCCAGCCGGGGCAGGCCAUCGAGGGCGCUGGCGGCACGCAGCUCGUGCUGGACGCCUCUGGGACCUUCGUGGCCGUCGGAGGAGGCGGUGACAGAGGAGGAGGCGACAAGGGAGGCAAGGGCAAGGGCGCGGACGAGGACGCCAUGACCGUGGUUGUGAAAGGCUUGUCGUUCACCGUGGAAGAGGACAAGCUGAGAUCUGACUUCGAACAGUGCGGGGAGAUAGACUUCCUUAAGAUGUUGCAGAUGCCGGACGGCAAGCCGAAGGGCAUAUCGUUUAUCCGCUUCAAGUCGGACGAGGGCUUCAGAAAGGCCUCGGCCUCAGAGCGGCAUGGUGCUACGGGCGGCAGAUCAGCGUGA